GGGCCGCCCCCUGACGGGGUGGGCGCACCGCACCGCGGGGCGGGGUCGCCCGGCCUCUCCCCGCCCGGCUCCGGUCGCACUCCCGCCUCCGGGUGGCCGCGGGCUCGGGCUCGGCGCCCGGACGACGGCGCGGCGACCGCCAUGGGCAACAAGCAGACCAUCUUCACGGAGGAGCAGCUGGACAACUACCAGGACUGCACCUUCUUCAAUAAGAAGGACAUCCUCAAGGCCCCCGCCUCUGGAGACGCCACACCCCGGCUGCUCGUCCUCCGAGGCCCCUGCCCGUUCCUGCUCUGGCGGCGAAAGCUUGUCUCCGCCGCCCGGCGGCCCCUUCUUCACCUCUGGUUGCACGCACGGUUCUACGAGCUGGCCCCCAACCUCGUCCCCAUGGACUAUAGGAAGAGCCCCAUCGUCCACGUGCCCAUGAGCCUCAUCAUCCAGAUGCCAGAGCUCCGGAUUCCUCUGUCUCCCUGUCUGGCAUUAGCCUCUCUAGCACGGCUAUCCACACGAUCACUUCUCAGACUUGAACGUGCACAGGGCUGCCUGCAGAUCUUGUCAGGGCCAGCAGGUCUGGGUCAGGAGGAGAACCCCUUCAAGGAAAGGAUCGUAGAGGCUUUUUCAGAGGAUGGCGAGGGCAACCUCACCUUCAACGACUUUGUGGACAUGUUCUCCGUGCUCUGUGAGUCGGCGCCCCGCGAGCUCAAGGCAAACUAUGCCUUCAAGAUCUACGACUUCAACACAGACAACUUCAUCUGCAAGGAGGACCUAACGCGGACUCUGGCCCGGCUCACCAAGUCUGAGCUGGACGAGGACGAGGUGGUGCUCGUGUGCGACAAGGUCAUCGAGGAGGCCGACCUGGACGGGGACGGCAAGCUGGGCUUCGCCGACUUUGAGGACAUGAUCGCCAAGGCCCCCGACUUCCUCAGCACCUUCCACAUCCGGAUCUGAGGACACUGCUGAGGGUGCGGGGCCCAGAAGCUGACCCUCUGGCUCUGCUGUCUACACGAGUGACCUCCAAGCUGCCCGGAAAAGACGCUGUGGCCUCUGGGGUCAUACCAACAUUUCCUUGGCCCUUUCAGCAAAAAAAUCCUUAACCAGGGAAGGGGGGUGUGAGGGCAGGGCCCUUCCCAGACUCCAGACCCCACCACAGGCCCUCCUCCGUCCCCCCCGAGCUCCCCAGACCCUCAUCCUCUCCCCGCCGGAAAUGGCUGCACCGAGGGGGGAAGGCACAGGCCUCGCGGGGCAGGGGAUACGGACGCGUCCCGGUGCUGGGCAGGCGUCCUGGUCGCCCAGGGCAAAGUGAAAAAUGAAAGAGACCAAGGUUUUA